AUGACUUUUUUGAGGAAUUACGGGAUAUUCGAAUUCAAACCUUUACUCCGCGAAUUAUUUACCACGGUUGGAAAGAUUGAGGAAUUUGGCCAUAUAAUCCUGAUAUCCUCACCAACAACGAAAUCAAUUUCUCCACCGUCAACGGUCACCGCGCUUCGUAGAUAUAUCAAUAAGAUAGAGGAAUCAAUCGAGGGUAUAAAUGAUAUUUUGGAGAAAUCAAAACCUGACCUCGUACGGCGUAUAAAAGUCGUGAAUUCAAGCAGCCUCGCCAUGGCGGGAUUAGGUGAGCUUCACCGCGAGGAUUUUGUAAGGCUGCACGACACAGCAAAACGCAAAAAUAACAAAAAAAACAAGCGCCAGGUAAAGGCCUCAGGCGCGCUCUAAGUAAAAGAUGCGAAUCGCCUCAUAAAACGCCGCCAUAACGGGGAUUUAUUGAGGAUUCAUAAACAGCACGUACUUGGGGUGCCGGAGGCGGAGGAUGCUGAGACUCCAAGAG